ACAAAUGUACACAUCUCUAUGUUGCAACUUGUUUCGGUUUGUUUAACGCAGGUGUGGAAGAUGCGAGCGUGAGCGAUUUCUCGCGCUUCUUGUUAUAAUUGAAAUUACUUUUCAACAGAACGAUACCAAUAAAAAUACAAAAUGCCGCGGAUUAUGAUAAAAGGUGGUGUCUGGCGAAAUACGGAAGAUGAAAUUUUGAAAGCGGCUGUAAUGAAAUAUGGAAAAAAUCAAUGGAGCCGUAUUGCAUCUUUGUUACAUCGAAAAUCUGCCAAGCAGUGCAAGGCGCGUUGGUUUGAAUGGUUAGAUCCAAGCAUAAAGAAGACCGAAUGGAGCCGGGAAGAGGAUGAAAAGUUGCUUCACCUUGCAAAGUUAAUGCCCACCCAGUGGCGAACUAUCGCACCUAUUAUUGGUAGAACAGCUGCGCAGUGUUUGGAAAGAUAUGAAUAUUUGCUUGAUCAAGCGCAAAAGAAAGAGGAAGGAGAUGAUGCUGUUGAUGAUCCUCGCAAGCUUAAACCUGGUGAAAUUGAUCCUAAUCCAGAAACAAAGCCAGCAAGACCAGAUCCUAAAGAUAUGGAUGAAGAUGAAUUGGAAAUGUUAUCAGAGGCACGUGCUAGGUUGGCAAAUACGCAGGGAAAAAAGGCAAAACGUAAAGCGCGUGAAAAACAGUUGGAGGAAGCACGUAGGCUCGCUGCUUUACAAAAGCGUAGAGAAUUAAGAGCUGCUGGUAUUACUGUGUCCCAAAAGAACAAACGCAAACGUGGUGUUAAUUAUAAUACAGAAAUACCAUUUGAGAAACGACCUGCGUCUGGUUUUUAUGACACCUCCAAUGAACAUGUUGAUCCCCUAGCGAUCGAUUUUUCCCGAAUGAGGCAGCAGCAUCUAGAUGGUGAACUUCGACAAGAAAAGGAAGAAAUGGAGCGCAGGAAAGAUAAACAGAAAUUAAAACAACGUAAAGAAAAUGAUAUUCCUAUGGGUAUGCUUAACAAUGAAGAACCUGUAAAGAAAAGAAGUAAGUUGGUCCUACCAGAGCCUCAGAUCUCUGAUCAAGAAUUACAGCAAGUUGUAAAACUUGGCAGAGCUUCGGAGGUGGCUCGAGAAGUUGCUACUGAGAGCGGUGUUACACUCUCCGAUAGUUUAUUAGCUGAUUAUUCCUUACCUACGAAUGCAUCUGCAACGCCUCGUACACCAGCUGCUACAGAUAGAAUAUUACAAGAAGCACAAAAUGUCAUGGCUCUUACACACGUAGAUACACCACUGAAAGGUGGCUUGAAUACUCCAUUGAACAAUCCUGAUUUUACUGGCGUUGCACCUCCUACCAAUGUUGUUGCUACGCCCAAUACAAUUUUAGCUACUCCAUUUAGGUCGCAACGUAGCGAUGGAACGCCAAUGAAUUCAUUUAACACACCAGGCGGGGCAUCAGUACGAACGCAAAAUGGACUUUUAGCGGCAACUCCGGUUCGCGAUAAACUUAAUAUAAAUCCAGAUGAAAGUAUGGAUGGCUCGGAAACUCCAUUGAUGCAGACGCAGGCAAAGAGCUCAUUGCGCGCAGUAUUGAGUUCCUUACCGGCGCCGUGUAACGAUUAUGAAAUAGAUAUCUAUGACGGGGAGAUAAACGAGGAAGGUGCUGGUGCGCCUGUAACUGAGAUGGUGGAGGAUCAGGCGGAUAUCGAUGCAAGACAGCAACAGGAAUUACUAGAAGAAAAAAAAAGAGAAUUGGCACGUAGAUCGCAAGUAAUACAAAGAGAUUUACCACGACCUGCGGAUAUAAAUAUGAAUAUUUUAAGACCAUAUAUGGACACACCAUUGACUGAUUUGCAAAGAGCAGAAGAAUUGAUAAAGAGAGAAAUGAUCACAAUGUUGCAUUACGAUGCACUGCAAAAUCCAACACAGUCAAAUCGAAAAAGUGCUGCAACAUCGUUAGCUCAAGCUCAAACUUAUUUAGAGCAACAUCCAUAUAAUAUUUUCGAAGAGGAUGAACUUAUUAAUGCUAAGAAAAUGUUAACGGAUGAGAUGGCAGUUGUAAAGGAAGGAAUGGCGCAUGGAGAAUUGAGCUUGGAUGCCUAUACUACUGUAUGGGAGGAAUGUCUGUCGCAGAUUUUGUACCUCGAAACGCAGAAACGAUAUACCCGUGCGACUCUAGCCUCGAAAAAAGACAGAGUGGAAGCAUGCGAGAGAAAAUUAGAGGAAAAUCGUAUGCACAUGACGGGGGAAGCUAAACGUGCUGCCAGAAUGGAAAAGAAAUUAAAAGUACUCACCGGAGGUUAUCAAACUAGGACGCAAGUGCUGACGAAGCAGCUACAUGAUUUGUGGGAACAGAUAGAGCAAUCGCAUCUCGAACUAUCGACAUUUAAGUUUUUGCAAACGCAGGAAGAGGCGGCGGUGCCGAGGAGGAUAAACGCGCUUAUGGAAGACGUGAAUAGGCAGACAGAACGAGAACGCUCGUUGCAAAUGCGAUAUGCUCAGCUACAAGAUCAGUUGCAGCAGUGUCGAUUAAACGAGAUGUCAACUUAGGAAUACAUUACAAUGCUUGCAAAAUAUGUGUAGCAGACUAUACAUGUAUUACUUUACCUUGUAACGCGUUAUGUAAGAUUUAUGUUUCUGGAAAAUAUUAUACGCUAUUAGAAUAAUAUCUAUUGUUCCCUCUUGGAAAUCAAAUAAGAACUUCAUAUGUAAUAUCCAUCGUCUCUACACAGUAGUUGUGAAUGUAAUUAAUGUCAUUU